UCCGGAACUUCCGCCCACGUGGGGAACGGCGGAGGUGUGGGGCUUUGCGACUGGAGUUAUGGGGCCGGCAUCCCGAGGAGCAACCCGACGUCGGGUUCCCAGGGACUCUGAGGUAAUAGAACCUGCUGUGGAAGACAUGGAGUCACAGGAAAACAAGGAUAUUCCUUCCUCUAAGAAGCGUCGGACUGGGGCUCAGGAUGGAGGACUCCUGCCACCUGUGGAGCUGAGCCAAGCCCAACUGUACAAGGAACCCACAAAUGAAGAAUUAAGCCAGAUGAAAGAGACAGAAAACCUCUUCCACUCCAACCUCCUCCGGAUGCAGAUGGAGGAGCUGUUGAAAGAGGUGAGACUGAAGGAGAAGAAGCAACAACGGAUUGAUGCCUUCUUGCAUAAAAUUAAGCAACGACUUCUUACUGUCCCUUCAACCAAGGUUACUGAGAUGACAGACCAGUCGUGGCUGCCCAAAGACAUCAGAGUACCAUUCAUCCAGAAGCCUUAUGCUGUGAAAGGUCGCUUCCAGUUCUUGCCUCCCACUCAGGUUACUGUGGUGGGUAGCUACCUGCUGGGAACUUGUGUCCGACCAGAUGUCAAUAUUGAUGUAGUGUUGACUAUGCCAAAGGAGAUCCUACAGGAUAAGGACGGGCUAAAUCAGCGCUACCUAAGAAAGCGUGCCCUCUACAUAGCUCAUCUGGGCCACCACUUGUCCCGGGACCCGCUCUUUGGCAGUGUCCGUUUCUCCUACACGAAUGGUUGUCACCUGAAGCCCCUGCUGCUUCUCCGUCCCGCAGGAAAGGAUGAGCGGCUGGUCACUGUGCGCCUGCACCCCUGUCCGCCCCCUGGGUUCUUCCGUCUGUGUCGCCUGCUGCCCUCCAAGAACAACGUCCGUACCACUUGGUUCUGGGACAAGACGAUUCCAGAGGAGGGUAAGGGUGUCCUGGAUACUCCUACCCCUCACUAUAAUACCUUGCUUCUCUGUGAUGAAGUUAUGGAAUCUCAUCUUCAUCUGCUGUCAGCCAUGCUUGCUUCCUCCCCUGGUCUCCGGGAUGGCAUUAUUUUGCUUAAAGUCUGGCUGCGACAGCGGGAUCUGCAUAAGGGCGUAGGAGGCUUCAGUGGCUUCAUUGUUUCCAUGUUGGUGGCCUUCUUAGUGUCUUCUCGAAAAAUCAGCAAGUCUAUGAGUGGCUAUCAAGUGCUGAGGAAUGCAUUGCAGUUUCUAGCUGCCACGGAUCUGACAGUCAAUGGCAUCAGCUUAUGUCGUAGUUUGGAUCCAUCCCUGCCAGCUGUGGCUGACUUCCAUCAGGCCUUCUCUGUGGUCUUUGUGGAUCCAUCAGGCUACCUUAAUCUGUGUGCUGAUGUCACAGUUCCCACCUAUCAGCAGGUGCAACAUGAAGCCCAGCUGUCUAUGACUAUGCUGGAUGAUAAGACUGUAGAUGGGUUCCAGAUGCUGCUUAUGACACCCAAACCAAUGAUCCGGACCUUUGACCAUGUUCUCCAUAUACAUCCCCUAAACUGUCUGUAUGCUGCCUGCCGGAGGCUAAAGAUGUGGUCAGAACUGCUGGACCAUGGGGGAGACUAUGUGGCUGCCAUACUUCCCACCUUGACUACCCUUCUGGAACGGGGCCUGGGCUCCCGUUUGAUCUUAUUGACCCAUUCUCGGGCUCCUGUGCCUGAGUGGGAGAUCAACCAGAACCCACCAAAGCACAAGGAUUGGGGAGGCUUGACGUUGGGACUGUUACUCCGGCCUGAAGGACUAGUCAGUGUCCUAGAGAUGGGACCCGAAGCUGAUCACCCAGAGGCUGCUGAUUUCCGCCAGUUCUGGGGCCCACGAUCUGAGCUGAGGCGUUUCCAGGAUGGGUCAAUCCGGGAGGCUGUUCUUUGGAAGGCUGAAUCCAUGGCCGAGAAACGCCUCCUGCCCCACCAGGUGAUCACUCACCUCCUGAAACUCCAUGUAGGUAUACCUGAGUCCUAUGUACAUUAUGUAGGGGGCUCCCUGGACCCUCUGAUCAGAGUCCCCAAAGAGACUCACAGCACAGGUGAGGAGGCGCUGGCCAUGGUUGUACGCUCCUAUGACCACCUGAGCCGCCAGCUGUGGGGGCUCAAAGGGUUGCCUCUGACUGUCACCUCUGUUCAGGGAGCUCACCCUGCCCUGCGAUAUACCGACGUGUUCUCCCCUGUUCCUGUUUGGUUUGAUCACACAUUCCAUGACCACCUGGAAAAACGGGACGCACUGCUUCCUCGGUCCAGCAAGCCCUGCCCUGCCUUUGUGGAUCCCAUAAAUGUGGUGUGUCAUCUAGAGGGUAGUGGGCAAUGGCCCCAAGAUGCAGAUGCCAUCCAGCGUGUUAGAGCUGCCUUUCAGUUGCGUCUGGCAGAGGUGUUGAAUCAAGAGCAUGGACUCCAGUGUUCAGCUAAGGCUUCCCAUACUGAUGUCUACAAGGACGGUUAUGUUUUUCGAGUCCGAGUGGCAUAUCACCGGGAACCCCAAAUCCUAAAGGAAUCCUGUACCCCAGAGGGAAUGAUCACACUGAGAGAUACACCUGCCUCAAUCCUUCUUGAUCGGGACACACGGCAACUGCCCCAGCUCACGAGUGCCUUACAUGGGCUCCAGCAACAGCAUUCAGCUUUCUCUGGUGUGGCCCGUCUGGCAAAGCGCUGGGUCCGGGCCCAGCUCCUCAGUGAUGGAUUGACAGAGGAGAGCCUAGACUUGAUGGCUGCCUCCCUCUUCCUGCAACCUGCUCCUUUUACCCCACCCAGUUCCCCCCAGGUUGGCUUUCUCCGGUUCCUGUCCCUGCUGUCCACAUUUGACUGGAAAAAUAAUCCCCUUAUUAUUAACCUGAAUGGUGAACUCACAGCUGAGGAUCAAGCAGAGAUUCAUAGCCAUUUCCUAGAAUCUCGAAUCCGCCUUCCUGUCAUGGUUAUUGCCACACCCCAAGACCGAAACCACUCCUUAUGGACAAAGGACAAACCCUCAGCUCAGAUCCUGCAUCACCUUGUGAACCUAGCAGCUAAAGCUCUGUCAGUCCUAGAGAACCAGUUGAUGAAUCCUUCUAAGUCUGGAGAUAUCAGGAUGGUAUUCCGGCCGGCCCUGGAUGUUUAUGAUGUGCUAAUCCGCCUGAAUCCCCGGCACAUCCCCAGGCAUCGAGAGGCUGUGGACCUACCUGCAGCUUCCUUCAGCAGAGGUCUCCUUCAGAGUGCUGACUCCUCCCCCCGGCUGCCCGUCCUCUGCUAUGACCCUCCAACCCUCUACCUUGAUCAGCUCAGAAAGGCCUUUGGAGACUUGGCACUGUUUUUUUAUGAUCAGCAUGGUGGAGAAGUGAUUGGUGUCUUAUGGAGACCUGACAGCUUCCAGCCACAACCCUUCAAGGCUACCAGUGUGCAGGGGAGGAUGGUGGUGUCACAGAGAGGGGAUCUGGUGACAGUGCCCAAUGUGGAGGCCAUUUUGGAAGAUUUUGCCAUCCUGGGCAAAGGUCUGGUACAAACUGUGGAGGCCCAGAGUGAGAAGUGGACAGUGUGAUCCCAAACUCCAGCUGCAUUACGCCAUACCUGGAGGGAAGAUGGAGAAAAUUGUCUCCGAAAUUGUGACCGCCACACUUUCAUCCCCAGUAAAAGCUCCAGUUGUUCCUUGGCAACCCUGGCCUCUGGCUCUGGGUUUGGCCUCCUGAAAUCCAGGAGCAGCCCUCCUCAGAUCCUGACACUCCAGAAUAUAAUCUGCGGAAGGAGCGAAAGCAUCAGUUCUUAUCUGAAAUGAACUCCUUUUUUUCUUAUUUUUUUAAAAAAUAUUUUCAUAAUUAUUUCAAUAUUACUGGUUUCAUUUAAAAUUCUAUGUAUUCUGUGUUAUGCAUUUAAAAGCAGUCUAAGAAGGAAUCUUUGACACACAAAAAAGGUUUUACAGGCUUUGAUGAGGCCUAAGCCUCAGUUCAGCUGUAACAGAGGGCCCUCGGAGAUACCAUAUUUCUGGAGUCAGACAGUCCGGCACACUUUGUGUUUCUUUUGCCAAGUGUCAUAAUCUCCCUGGGCCUUGAUCUCCUUUGACUGUAGUGAUGAUGUUGGACUAACUGUCCUCCAAGCUCCUCUCCAGCACUCAUCCUCUCCUCAUGAUUUUUGUUCCCAUUUUGGGUUCUCUUUCAGGGAAUGAAGCCCUCCCCUAAGUCAUUUCUGCUAGAGGAGCAUGACUUGGGGCAGGCCAGAGUCUUAUUGCUUAGAGUUUGAGUAGUGAGGCAUGUUUUUUCCUUCUCCUAUUGGUUAUCAUAGACCCUAGCCACUUGCCUUUUAUCCCUCCUGCACUUUGGAGGCUUUACUCUUUUUGAUCUAGCCUCCCAGAGUGCCCCAGCCUCAAUGCUUGUUAGAGCACUGGACCUUUCCCCAGUCCUUCUGAGUUUUGAAUCUUAGGUUGUUCAUAUGAGCUGACUAACUGCUAAUGGUCCUGUCUGAUCCUGAGACAAAGGCCUGACUUCUCUGAGUCGGCAGCAUAUGCUGAUUUGUGAGGAUGGUAAGCUCCCACGAUGAUGAAUUAAAGUGGGGAGGGCAGAGGGAGACAGAUGGCCCUCACUCUUGGCCAACCCACUGAAACUUUGGGGGAAAGAGACUUGAUAGCUCUUGUUUUGGCAAUUGCCCCCUCAUCCCCUAGCUCUGGGGACCAUGCCUUGUAACUAAGAUUAAAAAAGGAAAAACAGCUGACAUAAAUGAGUCUGGAUGGUAUGUAUAUGCUUUGUGCCACACCCGUAUUUCAUCCCCACCCUCAAAGAAGGGAGAUGGGGCAUUUUCUUAUCUUUUUUGACUGGGCCAAGCUUGGUCUUCAGUUUUGUCUUUUUUUCUUGUCAUUUACAUUGGUGUUGCCUCUGUGCUUGUUGUUCAUUCCCCCAAUCAGUUGGCAUCUACUUUUGUUUCCAACGCUUUGCCAUUACACAAAAUGCUAUUAUUGAUAUUUGGAGUUCUGUUUGCCUACUAAUACCAUCAAAUUUAGGAGUGGAGGGCAAGUGUGGAAACCUGCUCGUUCCCAAACCACAGUAACUUAAGUGACCACUACAAUUCUGGACUCCUGGGGUCAGAAGAGUAAGGAUCGUUUUGGAACUCCUGAGUAAGUUGACAUGGUUCCCAAAGUGGGGCAGCUUCUGGCUGUGCUUUGGGUUUGGGAUACCAAGCUAAGAAGAGACAUGGGGUGAUAAAGAUUGGAGCAGACUUUCAUGGCUGUUACUUUGCCUCAGGAGUGAUUGAUCCUUCCCUACCCCACAGAUGGGAGUCUCUACAGUCCUUCAGGUCAAGUUCUUGUUCACCAGCUUUCAUCAGGCCUUUGGGGCUGUGUGUGUGUGUGUGUGUGUUUGGGAGGGGUUGGGGGGAAGGAAGAGAGGAUAGAAUGGCAGAAUGGGUAGGAUUAGUUACACUUGAGAACUUCCUUUUCCAUGGAGCCGCUGUUUGCAAGUUGUUGGGCCUUAACCUGGAGCAUUGAGCAAGACAAUUGUUCCUGGGGAUUCCCUCCCCACCCCAGUGGCCUAUAUCUGUUCUGUGAGUCAGAACUUAAUCUAGGCCUUGAGCAGUACCAGAUAAGAGAAAGAAAGACUUGGUAUGCUUGUUUGCAGGGAGAGGGACACUUACAUGAGGUGUCUCAGUGGACAGGGAACCUAUCCAUCUUCCAGAGCAACUGAGAUCGGUACUGGAAGGAGACCCAGAAGUGGGCAGCCCUUUGGUCUGAGAACGGAGACAUUUCUCUUCCCACCACAUACUUUCCUGUCUCCAUUUUCUGUGAGACAGGAAUGGUUCUUCCCUUGCUAGCAGUUGUGGUUUUACUAGAGUGCCACAUUUGCAAGGGAGUAUCUCUUGGAAGGGUGAAGUCAGGAAAAUUUGAAUUCAAAUCUUACCACAGACAUUUACUAGCCAUGACUCUGGGCAAGUUAGUCACCUGUUUGCUCAACUGUGAGAUGGAAAUUAAUAACAGCACCUAACUCCCAGGAUGGUGAGGUUCAAAUCAUGCUAUUUGUAAAGAAUGUAGCAUAAUACCUAGCAUAUAGUAGGCUCUUUCCUUUUUCUGGAACCAGGUUUCCUCAAAUUCAAGAGGGGAAAGUUUGGAUUAAAUGGCCCCUGGAGGCCCUUAUAGCUCUAGAUUUGUGGUUAUAGGACCCACCACUCCUGUUGUUCAAGAUUCAGCUCGAAUUUCACCCCCUCUGAAGCUUUCCUGAACCACCUCGCACACAGGGUAGUAGAGAGCUGGGCUUCAAGACAGCUGCCACACUGACAGUGUGUUGUUCCUUGCCACAUUACGAAGAUUAGAAGCUGCAGAAAAAUGUGCCAAUUUGUGUCGGGAAGGAGUUUCCUGAUGGGACAUUGCUUAUGCAGAUGCAGUCACAAAAGUCCAAAAAAAUAAAUAUUCCUGCCUCCCCUCCUGUGGUGGGGGAGCGUAGUAGAAAGAAUACUGGUUAUAGAAUUGGCCUACAUUCAAAUUCCAGCUACACAUUUAUCUGUGUGGACAAGUCACAGUUUUUCCGAGUCUGAGUGUCGUACAAUCUGUAAAAGAGAUAAUAAUAUGUGUACUACCUGACUCAUUACAUUUAGCCCAAAAGGGUUUAAUCUUAAGGCUUUAUAUGUUUGAGUUAUCUUUGCAAGCAGGUGAGUCCAGUCUCUAGACUGCACACCCACAGGCCAAAGACAGAGUUCAGUACAGGCUGGACUGAUUGAGACAAAAGCCGGGGCCAAGGCUGACAGUAAUCUACUCGUCCCUUUCCAUCCUCCCUGACUGCCUCAGACUUGUGGGAUCUCCUCAGGGACAAAGAUUCCUCAGCCUGAAUCACUUCCCUGUUUUGUGGCGUCAUGGCCCUACUGAAGACAGUCUUCCAUCUUCCUGCAAUCACUCCUGCUCCGUCCUGUCCUCCCUGCCCAAGAAGCCCAGGGGCAGAAGGGAGCCUCUGCCAUCUCCCCUGUAAUUAAUUAGCAUCUGGCCUGGGCCAGGGAGACUCAUCCUUGGAAGAGCAUGACUGUUCAUUACCUUGGCCUUUCCCAGGGACCAUUUUGGAAAACUAGCUUUGUUUAACAAAGACCACACCCUCAGCCAUCUGUGUGUGUGAGCACCCAAACUUGGCCUGACCCUGGCUGCCACAGCUACCCUUCCAGUUUCUGUCACCAUUUCCACAUAUCAUAGAGUUUGGGACUUGAGCAGCAGGGAAGACCUUUUUUUCCCCAUCCUCCCUCAAACUCUCAGGCCAGACAUCCUUGAGGAACAAAAUUUUCUGGCAUAAGGAAAGAUCCAGGACCAUUUUAGGAGCUUCAUAGCAAUACUGAAACAAAAUUUUAAUUGUGCCCUAGUCAAAAAGAUUAACCUGUCUCAGAAACCACUUUUGUUUAGCAGCCUUUUCUUUGAUUUCUGGAUCCUCUCUGGUCUACCCUACAGUCCCUUCCCUUCUUAGUAUAAACAGCUGUUCUGAUCACCAGUCAGGCCACAGGAAAGCAUCUCUGAAUGGGUGUUCCUUCAGUCUGGGAUAUUCCAUUGAUUGUUUAAGCAGGAACCAACCAACUAAUAAAUACUCUUUCUGAAAGCACCA